GUCAAAUUAUCAGUGUCAAACAAAUCGAGCACCGUGUUCUACACUUUUGUGGAAUUCAUUGUCGAUUUUAUUAGAACGAAACUCUUAUAAUUCUAAUAAGACAUUUAUUGGAAUUCAGUGAGCACUGCGCUAAAAUGCAGAGUGUAAUAAAUACUGUGAAAGGCACAGCGCUGGGAGUAGCCGGUUAUCUUACACCGGUGUUGAAGGAGUCAAAGUUCCAAGAAACAGGAGUCCUAACUCCUGAGGAGUUUGUAGCUGCUGGAGACCACUUAGUCCACCACUGCCCUACCUGGCAAUGGGCUAAGGGUGAAGAAGCUAAGCUGAGGCCAUACCUACCUGCUGAUAAGCAGUUCCUUAUUACUAGGAAUGUGCCAUGUUAUAGGCGGUGCAAACAGAUUGAGUACUGUGAGGACAAAGAAAAGGUGAUAGAAGAUGAACAUGAUACGGACGGAGGGUGGGUAGACACACAUCACUAUGAUAACACUGGAUCUCCUACCGUUGAGGAAAAGGUAUGUGAGAUGACGUUGGAAGCAGCCGACACUGGCGACAGUGACGGUGAGGGUGCCGCUGGUGACCGCGACGACGAUGAUGACGAAGAGGAUGACGAAGAUGGAGAGGCCGAGGAUAUGGAGCAGUUCCAGGAGUCUGGACUCUUGGAUGAAGUGGACCCAUCAACAGACCUAGCACCGCGCAAGGAGCCCAAAACAAUGCCGGAGAAGAAGCCAAAGUCUGACGGAGACGAGAUCGUCCGCACGAGGACCUACGACCUCCACAUCACGUACGACAAGUACUACCAGACGCCAAGGCUCUGGCUCAUCGGAUAUGAUGAGGACCGCACUCUCCUGAGCGUGGAGCAAAUGUACGAGGACGUGUCGCAGGACCACGCCAAGAAGACAGUCACCAUGGAGUCCCACCCACACCUGUCUGGACCUAGCAUGGCCUCCGUGCACCCGUGCCGGCACGCAGAAGUAAUGAAGAAAAUAAUAGAGACUGUCACAGAGAGUGGAGGUGAGAUGGGAGUGCACUCGUACCUGAUAGUGUUCCUCAAGUUCGUUCAAACUGUCAUACCAACCAUCGAGUACGACUUCACACAGAACUUCGCCAUCAACUAGAUAUAGCUUCGUAUGUAGUAGCUUUUGUAACGCUCGCGGCGUAGCUUCACUGUGGUUUUUUAAUGUUUUCAAUCGAUAGUGUAUGAGAAGUAGUUGAUAAGAUACAGCGGUGAUGAUAGUUUCAAGAUGUAACCAGUAAGAUGGAAUAGUGUUGGUUUUCGUCGGUUUACGAUUGUUUUCAAGUGAUUGGAGCGAUAUGCGACGAUUUAAAGCCCUUUUAACGAAAUAUCGUACCCACUGUUAUCACAAAUCAGAUAAACUUGCAGUCAGAGGCUAAAAAAAUCUGAACAGUUAUAUGUAUUACUCAUUUAUUUUGUGCGCUAAGUUAAACAUCUGGGAUGUUGUACACAAUAAAAAACUGCCUAUAUCAACUCGUUCACCUCAAGCAAUGCAACUUGAACUUUGUGUCAAAUAUUGCAAAGUCGUAUGUCCCAUGUUCGUGCGUAAUUGUCGUGAACACUGCUUUCGUUGUUUCGCCGCGGUUUGUAUAGUUCAGUAGUGUAGGUCAUUUUAAUAAAUAUAUCAAUGUGGUAAUUGUAAUAUCAAUAUUUAUUAAUUAUUCAAAAUGUGUUAUUCAGAUAUUUUUCUUAAUGUUAUUUUAUUAUGAAAUUGUUGAAAUAGCAGUGAAUGUGUUGAGUCUGUGCAAUGCAAAUAUAUGAGUCAAUAGCUUUAAUUUCAGCAUUUUCUUGUUUACAAGUUUUUUUUUUAAGUUUGCCUGAUACCUUGCCAGAGACAGAUUACAAAGUAGAUUUUUAACUCAACUAAUGAUACACAAAAAUAAUUAUUAAAAUAAAUAAAUAGUUGUAGUUUUAGCUUUGUGUUGGAAUUCAUUCCGUAUAAACGCCAUAUUGUAGUGUAGAUACUCAAAUUAAUUGUUUAUAUAAAAGAUGUUUCGUCCCAUACUUAUUUUGUUAUUUUUGUAGCUUUUAUACUGGUAAUAAAACUUUAUAGAUCGCAGCUUUUUACGUUAUAUUUAUGAAUUUAUUAAGUUCGGUAAACUUAAUCGACAUUUAUUUCGGAAUUACUCAUAAUGGUGUUGAAAAUUUUUAUUUGGUGUAUUAUGUUUGUUAAAUUACCUUAUGCAACGUUUUGAGUUUUUCAAAUAACGCACAUAAAAACAAUAUAAAACUUUUAAAAACAACGAUAUUAUAGAUUUCAAAUACAUUGCCAGAAUAUUCGAGUUCUUGUUAAAAAUAUAAUUGGUAAUUAUUGAAUAUUGUUUUUAAAAUAUGUUAAGUUAUAUAAUAUUAUAGAUAGAUACAUGCUAUUGUUAGUUAUAUGCUCCUAUGUUAACUUACGUGUAAAUGCACCGUUUGGUUUAUUUUUGUAAUAAAAUAUAAUAUUU